GUCUCAGUCUAGCCGUGCACUGCGAGCAUCAUGCCUCCACUGGGACAAACUGAGGCACCUCUUUCGCCCUCGCAGGCCUAUUUUUUUGGUCUCUCCUUUACCUUCAUCUAUGUCGGGUCCCUGUAUGUUUCCAAGAACGGCCGACUUUCCUUCAGCGCAAAAUCUUCACGUGGACCCCGUUUACGUGAAUCGAAUGAAAGGUGGCGAGACGACCCAGAUGUGAUACGAGCAAGAAUAACCGCAGUGACGAUCGCUACUGCUAUAUGUUGUGUUCUAGUCUGGCUUGUAGUAUGGAAGAGUGUUCAUGGUGGAAACCCGGAGAGCCUGUUUUUGGCUGGGGAACAUGCGUCUCGACUCGUGGGGAUUAAGUUGCCUCAUUUAUCAUCGAUACGGUCGAUGACGCUCACGGAUUUGUGGAAUAUACUCUCUCCAUACCUCCUCGCCCCACUUCUUUUCUUGGGACCUUUAUACGCGCAGUUCCUCCUUAUUACGCAACCGAAGAGAACGUGGAGCCUCAAAAGACACCUCCAAGAAACCUUUGUAAAUAUUAAAGGCUUGAGGAACUACGUUUUCGCGCCAAUAACUGAAGAAAUGGUGUUUAGGGCGUGUAUAAUUGCUGUUUAUCACCUUGGACGCGUCUCUAGGAACACCAUGAUCUGGAUUGGGCCUUUGAACUUUGGUAUAGCUCAUUUACACCAUGCUUGGGAUAUAUACAAUCGUUUCGGAAGAACCACUCAAGCGAUGAAACAGGCCGUUGUCACCACUUUGUUUCAACUGGGGUAUACAACCCUUUUCGGCGCAUUCUGUACGUUCGUUUUUCUGCAAACAGCUUCUCUUCCGCCUGUGGUGUUCGCCCACAUAUUUUGCAAUGUGAUGGGAUUACCGGAUGUGAAUGGAGAUUUUCGCAUUGGUGCGUUGCGUGGAAGGGGUUUUGCUGUGAAAAUCGCGUACGGUAUUGGGAUCGUAGGCUUUGCGUCUGCCUUGGGUUCUUGGACACUGCAUAGUGCACAGUCGAGUUUGUUGUGGAGGUGAUGAUGCGGGAUAUCGUAUAUCUUUUUCUCCGGAAUUCGUACAUGGGUGGGAUGACGUGCAGGUGCGUCUCUCCGCAUGUGUAUACAGUAGAAUACAAUAUUGUUUGUUCCACCGGAAACCAGGAACGGCAACAUGGAUGAUAUAAAUUCGAAUGUAUCUUCUCGAAUCUUCAAUCUAGAUGCUACUUCUCUUUUUACAACUUU